UAAGAUAUCCGCGCAAUGUGCAUUCGGUCACUUUGCCAGAGUAUCUAGUGAGGUGUAUAUCGGGCGCUAAAUUAAAAAAAGCACGUGUUAGUAUUAAAUAAAAUAGUUAUUUACACCAUCUUCCUGCCUGUGAAAAAAAAAUCAAUACGCCUUGUAUUUUAUAAAUAAACAAACAGUAAGAACAACAAAAAUUAACGUUUAAAAAUUUAAUUGUCAAUUUAAAAAAAACGAGAAUCAGUAUCAAUAAAUAACAAACGAUGGAUAUUCCGGCUGCUAAAAUUGAAGACAUGGAGCUUUCUGACGACGGUUUGUCUGCAAACAAAUUAUUCACAGCUGGUGAGGGACUCACGUACAAUGAUUUUAUUAUUCUGCCCGGGUACAUCGACUUCGUCGCUGAUCAAGUCGAACUGGUGUCUCCGUUGACGAAAAAGAUUGGCUUGAAGGUUCCGCUGGUCUCAUCACCGAUGGACACCGUCACCGAGUCGGACAUGGCUAUCGCGAUGGCACUCUCUGGAGGCAUUGGUAUUAUACAUCAUAAUUGCACUCCUGAGUACCAGGCUGCUGAAGUUCACAAGGUAAAAAAAUACAAACAUGGUUUCAUCAGAGAUCCAGUAGUUCUUUCGCCAACUGACACAGUGCGAGACGUGUUGAAUGUAAAAGCGGAGCACGGAUUUUGCGGGAUACCAAUAACAGAAAACGGUAAAAUAGGAGGCAAGCUGGUAGGAAUCGUGACAUCAAGGGACAUCGAUUUCUUGGAGGACUCAUCUAGCCCUGAGAAAACAAAGCUAGAGUCUGUGAUGACCAAAUCGCAAGACUUAAUCACCGCCAAGUUGGGAGUGACAUUGCCGGAGGCUAAUUACAUUCUAGAGAAGUCUAAAAAGGGUAAACUACCUAUAGUGAAUGACAAAGGCGAGCUGGUGUCGCUGAUGGCUCGGACGGACUUGAAGAAGAACAGAAGCUACCCAAUAGCCAGCAAGGACGAGAACAAACAGCUGUUGGUCGGCGCAGCCAUCGGAACGCGAGAGACUGACAAAGAGCGUCUCAAAUUACUAGCAUCCGUAGGAGUCGACGUGAUAGUCCUGGACUCUUCUCAAGGAAACUCGAUCUACCAAAUCGAGAUGAUCAAGUUCAUAAAAAAAGAGUACCCGAAAUUGCAAGUGAUUGCUGGGAAUGUAGUGACGACAAUGCAAGCCAAGAAUUUGAUCGAGGCUGGUGCUGACGGACUCCGCGUGGGCAUGGGCUGCGGGUCUAUCUGCAUCACCCAGGAAGUCAUGGCUGUAGGACGGCCUCAGGCUACUGCUGUCUACAAAGUAAGCGAGUACGCGAACAAGUUUGGAGUUCCAGUGAUCGCUGACGGAGGGAUCCAGUCUCUGGGACACAUCAUCAAGGCUCUCAGUCUUGGAGCGAGCACUGUCAUGAUGGGAUCAUUGCUAGCUGGUACUUCUGAGGCCCCCGGCGAGUAUUUCUUCAGCGACGGCGUUCGUUUGAAGAAGUACCGUGGCAUGGGAUCUCUGGAAGCGAUGAACAAGAAAGACGCCAAGGGUUCUGCUAUGGAUCGAUACUUUCACAACGAAAUGGACAAGAUGAAAGUCGCCCAGGGCGUCAGUGGGUCGAUCGUUGACAAGGGAAGUGUCCUCAAGUUCUUGCCCUACUUGCAGUGCGGUAUCAAACACGGCUGUCAGGACAUCGGAGCCAGAUCCCUUCUGGCGUUGCGGGAAAUGACCUACAGUGGCAAGCUCAGAUUCGAGCGGAGAUCUCCUUCUGCUCAACAGGAAGGCAAUGUACACAGUCUCUUCUCCUACGAGAAAAGACUCUACUAAUAAUUCAUUUUAAAGUCCUUUAUCCAUCGUACCUGUCUCUGGUUCCUGUCUGGAGCUAUAGAAUAUCACCUUUUAAAUUUUUUCUUCUGAAAAUUCUUUUAUUUUCAUGCGGGUAACACAUACAAUUUAUUAUACCAUUUAUUUUUUUAAAUGAAGAUUAAUUUAGCAGAUAUUUGAUUAUUUUUUUUACA